UUACAUUAUAGCAUAUCAAAAUCCCACUAUCUAGUGAGGUUAAGGCAACAAGAGAACAAAAAAAAAAAAUGAGGUCUCCAAUGGCCUCUGCCACUUUGACUCUUCUAUUAGCCAUAAUAGUGUCUCUCUCCAUACCAUCUCAAAUUUCAGCAAACAGCUACUUGUAUUCUUCACCUCCUCCACCUUCUAAGGUCUACCCUCCAGUUUCCCCACCUUACCACUACCCUUCACCACCACCACCUAAGGUGUACCCUCCACAUUCACCACCACCUAAGGUGUACCCUCCAGUUUCACCACCUUACCAUUACUCUUCACCACCACCACCUAAGAAGUAUCCUCCUCAUUCACCACCACCUAAGGUGUAUCCUCCAGUUUCACCACCAUACCACUACUCUUCACCACCACCUCCUAAGGUGUACCCUCCACAUUCACCACCACCCAAGGUGUACCCACCAGUUAAACCACCUUACCAUUACUCUUCCCCACCACCACCCAAGAAAUACCCUCCACAUUCACCACCACCUAAGGUGUAUCCACCAGUCUCACCACCUUACCACUACAGUUCUCCACCACCACCUAAGGUGUACCCUCCACAUUCCCCACCACCCAAGGUGUACCCUCCAGUUAAACCACCUUACCAUUACUCUUCACCACCACCACCAGUGUACUCACCACCUAAGAAACCAUACUACUACCACUCUCCACCCCCACCGGUUUACUCACCUCCUCCUCCCUACCAUUACAGUUCACCACCACCACCACCAAAGAAACCUUACAAGUAUUCUUCUCCUCCUCCACCAUAUGUCCACCCUAAACCUUACUACCAUUCUCCACCACCCCCAAAGAAACCAUACAAAUAUUCUUCUCCUCCACCACCAGUGCAUGUAAGCCCUAAACCUUACUACCAUUCCCCACCACCACCAAAGAAGCCAUACAAAUAUUCCUCUCCUCCUCCACCAGUGCAUCAUUACAGCCCUAAACCUUACUACCACUCUCCACCACCUCCAUACUAUCCACACCCCCAUCCCCACCCCCACCCAAAACCUUACCCACACCCCCAUCCAGUUUACCAUUCACCUCCUCCCCCAAAGAAACCAUACAAAUAUUCUUCUCCUCCACCACCAGUGCAUCAUUACAGCCCUAAACCUUACUACCACUCUCCACCACCUCCAUACUACCCACACCCCCAUCCCCACCCCCACCCAAAACCUUACCCACACCCCCAUCCAGUAUACCAUUCACCUCCUCCCCCAAAGAAGCCAUACAAGUAUUCAUCUCCUCCACCUCCAUAUCACCCUUAUCCACACCCCCACCCCCAUCCACACCCACACCCCCACCCCUACCCAGUUCACCACUCACCUCCCCCAUCACCUAAAAAACCAUACAAGUAUCCAUCUCCACCACCACCAACCCACCACCAUUACCCUCACCCCCACCCAGUUUACCACUCACCACCACCACCAAAAUACAAGUAUUCCUCACCACCACCACCAGUGCAUCACGUCAGCCCUAAGCCCUACUACCACUCUCCACCACCACCAAAGAAGCCAUACAAAUACUCAUCCCCUCCACCACCAGUUCACCCUCCUUACACUCCAAAACCAGUUUACCACUCUCCACCAGUUCAUCCUCCCUACACUCCACACCCAGUUUAUCACUCUCCUCCACCACCAGUUCACAGUUACAUCUAUGCAUCUCCACCCCCUCCUUACCACUCUUAGAUAGUGGUCGAUUUACCAUAUCUCUAUGCAUGCUAUAUAUGAAUGAAGAAUAUUUGAAAAAUAAAGAAAGCGAUGGAAAAGGAAGAAGAGCGCACUUGAUAAAAUAAUAAUACACGAAAGAGAAAAAUGGAAGCAAAGUUUCCGCAUUUUGUCUUCACAAAAAAGUGUUAAUUUAUUAUAUUCUGUUUCUAUGAUAGGAUUGCUUUUGUUUAUGUAUUAUAUUAUGAAUUAUGAAUGAUGAAUUAUGAGUUUAGCUUUUAUAUUUUGACAGUUGUAAAGCAGCACUGUUCUGCUAUGGUCCAUGACAUGUACAAUCAAUAGUACAUGCAAAUGUUGAUGAUGUGUAGUCUUUAGCCUGUUGCGUUUGCAGGGGUUGUACGACAAAUUAUAUAGUAAUAUAAAUUAUGAGAAGUUAUAUUAUUGUA